AUGUCCAGCAUCGAAGAUCCAAAGCAACUAUCCAUCCGCACAGGUCAGACAUCGCAUAAUGCUCUAGGUAUCAAUGCCCCGCCGUCGCCAGCAUACAAGUCAGCUCCGGCAGACUCGUCCGUGCACUAUACCUGCUUCAUCCGACUGCCAUUUCCCAGAGGCGAUUUUGUAGAUCCGCCACAGGUAUUGAAUAUUCCCAAAUGUGCUUUUGGACAGGGUUUAAUGUGGAUANNGGUUGACUGGAACUCGACCAAAGACCGUGCACUAUGGAAAAUCAUCUCUAAGGCUUCUAACAGCAAAGAGCUGGACUGUAUGNNUACCGACCUGUGCCACUCGAUACAUACUUCAGCUGACAAGUGUAGAUCUACAAAGUUUGAGGUUUCCCUAGCCUUUCUCCUUCAGCAGGCAGCAUGGCUCUAUGAACGCCAUUUUGCACAGAUGAAAGCGCAGAUGAAGAAGCUCAGUCCUUCAGCUUGUCCGUCGCCUCUUCCACCUGAUUCUACGGGCAAUGUUGCUGUGAGCAGCAAUGCGACCGCAUUCGCAGUUGCCAGUCAAGGUCAAAGGGCNCCCUCAGCUCUCUCAGCACGUAUGCGCGAUAGUCCCACUCCAACUCUGGGUUCAGGUGGUUCAGGAGUGUUUCGCCAGCCUAACAUGCUACCUACUUUGUCCACAGCUAACCAGCAAACAAAGACCGAGGGCCUCUCUCGCACACCUUCCACAAGAACACUGACACAAAGCCGCACCGGCCCACCCGCCAGUCCAGCACAACCAAGCAAUCGAGCCUUCAACCCAGCCUUCGGGAACCACAGAAAGCCCGUAUCACCCCAGCGCGAGAUAUCAGAGCCAGACUCGGAUCCACUGCAGGAGUCAGAAUCGGAUUCUUCUUCUGAAGGCGAGAGUCAGAGUAUGGCGCGCAGCCAAGCCUUCAGACGACCAACGCACUACAACAAAGGCAGGUAUGGCUAUGAUGACGAAGACGAGGAUGAAGAUGGCGAGUCCUCUGGUGGAUUCUUGCCGUUCGCUACUACGGCUACUGGAAGUGCUGAUCCUGCUGCAACGCUCAAAUCACCGGUCAAACGUGCGUAUGAGCAAAGGGUAAUUGGUCCUGACUCUUCUGCGUCUUCGGCAAGCUCUGCAGCAGUCACUCAAGCCACCACAGGCACCGGCAGGCAGAGAGAACUCACUCGAGGCGAUUAUGUACAUGCGUCUCCAGCCAGUGCGUUGAGCCCCAAACACCGCGAAGAACUUUCCAAACUCAGCCCGAUGGUUCGUAGAGAGGGCAGUGAGGGCACACCGAGCAUGGGAAGCUCAUUCAGCGAUCUUGACGAUGCUAGUAUAUCUCAGUCGGCCAUAGAAGAGGCAUUCAUGAGCCACAUGCAACACGGCUCUACCACGAGCAGGAUGAGCUCCAUCAGCCAGGCAUUGAGGAGCAAGUACCUGUGA